GGGAGCUCCGGGGCCGGUGCGACGGUGCCGGGGCCGCCGCCGCCGCCCAUGGAGCCCAACGGGACGGCGGCGGCGGGGGACAACGGGACGGCGGCGGCGGCGGCGGGCGGCGGGGGUGCCCCCGGGAGCGGCCCCCUGCUCAUCCCCUCGGCCUUCGGGACGGUGCUGUCGGUGAUGUACGUGGCCGGGGUGGCCGGCAAUGUCUACACGCUGGUGGUGAUGUGCCACUCGGCGCGCUGCGCCGCCCCCAUGUACAGCUCCAUCGUCAGCCUGGCCCUGGCCGACCUGCUCUACCUCUCCACCAUCCCCUUCAUCGUCUGCACCUACCUGGCCCAGGACUGGUACUUCGGAGACCUGGGCUGCCGCAUCCUGCUCAGCCUGGACCUGCUCACCAUGCACGCCAGCAUCUUCACCCUGACCCUCAUGUGCACCGAGCGCUACCUGGCCGUCACCCGGCCCCUGGACACCCUGAAGCGCUCGCGGGGCUACCGGAAGGUCACGGCGGGGGCUGUGUGGUCGGUGUCGCUGCUGCUCACGCUGCCCAUGAUGCUGAUGGUCACGCUGACCGAGGGGGGCAAGGCGGAGGGCAAGGUGAAGAGGAUGUGUGCGCCCACCUGGAGCGUGGACGCCUACCGGACCUACCUGACCGUGCUCUUCAGCACCAGCAUCAUGGCCCCGGGCAUCAUCAUCGGCUUCCUCUACACGCGCCUGGCCAGGACCUACCUGGAGUCCCAGAGGAACCCCCCCCACAAGGAGAAGAGCAAGAGGUCCCCCCGGCAGAAGGUCCUCAUCAUGAUUUUCAGCAUCGUGCUGGUCUUCUGGGCCUGCUUCCUGCCCUUUUGGAUCUGGCAGCUGGUGCGCCUCUACAGCAGCUCCCUGCAGCUCACCACCCAAACCCAAAAGUGCAUUAACUACCUGGUGACCUGCCUGACCUACAGCAACAGCUGCAUCAACCCCUUCCUCUACACCCUGCUCACCAAAAACUACCGGGAGUACCUGCGCAACAGGCACCGCAACUUCUACAGGUUCACGUCCUCCUUCCGCAAGAGGGGCUCCAACCUGCAGUGCUCCUGGGGCCGCUCCAUGUCCUCCAGCAACCAGUACGACUACAGCUCCGAGGCGCUGGGCAUGGCCACGCUGAAGGACAAGUGAGGAAGAGGAGGCGCUGCCAACACGCAGGACCAGCAGAGCGUCCGGCCAAGAAGUCGCGUCAAUCCAAGUGCUGCGGGAUGAGUCUGGGAGUUGCAUCUGGCUGAGGGGGUCCUGCUGGGAGCCAGCAGCUGUUUGGGACAAAUCCUGCAGGGUUUGGGGUGCAGAAGAUGAGGUGGAUGCUCUGCUCAGCUCUGCCACGAACUGGUUUCACGCCUGGCUGAGCUGCGGCUCCAGCUCCGAGCACCGCUUCUCUCGUGUGGUUUCUCAGUGCUGCCCUGGGGCUGCAGCUGGGUCAGAGCUGCAGAAAUCUGAAAUUGGCCCAGGAUCACUUAACUGAGCUGCAGAAAUCUGAAAUUGGCCCAGGAUCACUUAACUGAGCUGCCAGCCUCGGGUUUGCCCUGUGUGUUACCGUGCUUCUGGAGCGUGUAAAGAGACUUUUAAGCCCCUUUUCCUAUUUCCUGUUACAUUACGGUGCACUACUGUUCUAUCAAGCUUAAAGUCUCUAUUUUAAAAUUCAUUGCAGCAGCACUUUGAACUCCAAGCAUUCAAAAACCACCAGGUAAGCUGUCAGAAACCACAGGAUUACCUAAAAAAAAAAAAAAACCAAAAAAAAACCUUGUGAUUUUUAAGGUUUCUACCUAAGGUGGUUUGAAUUUGCCACUGAUUUUUUUCUUCUUGAAAAAGUUGGUCCUUUUCUUAAAAGUCAACAGAGCUUGACAAACCUGAAAAUUUACCUUGGAAGAAAUAAAAAAAAUUAUUUAUAAUCCUAUCACUCAAAGACCUGAGGCUCUGAGAAAAAUGAAUGAAUCCUAUACCAUGAAACUCAUCAUAAAAGAGACACAUUUUUUCAUGACAUUUGAUCAAAACCAUUUUGCCUCAAUGUAUUCUGCUCAUUUUCUCCCUGCUUGGCAUCUCACAGUAAACCUUCAGCACAGAUCCUGGAGAUGCCUGGAAGCACUUAAACAAUUGUAAAGUGUCAGUUUAUAAAUAAAUGCUUAUUAAAAAUGGACCCUCCUCAGAUUUCCCCUUGCCUGGUCUCUUCACCCAGCUCAGGGGGGUGUGUUUAUCAGGGCAGAUGGUGAAAAUAGCAGUUUCCAGCUGGGGGGAUGAAGUUGGGGGUCAAUAUUCUUCUUUCUUGUUCUGGGACAGACUCUGGGGAUAAGAAAAGCCCGGUAGGAGUUGCACAAACUCCUGUCAGCAGCUGGUGAUGCCCGGGCAGUUCAGAAGCAGCAGCAGCAGUGUAAGGAGCUGCCAUUUCCACUUUUUUUAUUAUUUAUGACUUAUUCCAGCCCCUAUCUGCCUGAGCAGAGUCCCACUCCAGCCCUGCAGUGCUGCAUUCCUGUGUCCUUGGGUGCUCCUCUCGUGCCCCACACCGAAGUUUAGGGCGUGCUUGUGCCACAGCAGAGACACCAAGUGCCAACACCACAGACGGGGCUUGAGAGCAGGGAACAGGCACAGAGACACGCUGGAUUUUGUGCACUCAGCCAACAGAAAGAUUCACAGGUUGGAUGAAGGUGUUUCUGUGCUGGAGUAGCAUUCUGAAAACAGCAGUUUCCGGUUGGGGGGAUGAAGUUGGGGUCAAUAUUCUUCUUUCUUGUUUUUCUCAGUUUCUAGACCAAAUGAAGCUGGUAGCUGACCUGGGAAGGGGAUUGCUGCUGCCUGUCUGGAGCACAGAGCCCUGUCUGGGGCUGACACAACCUUUAGGUCACCUGUGAGGGGUGGCUUCACCUGCUGCUCACCCAGAGGAGCCUGGGGAGGGUGCUGCUUUGGGGUGGGAUCUCAGCAUUCCUGAGCACAUCUACACCUGCUGUAAGGCAGCUCGGGCUGUUUCCUGCAGGAGGGAGAGUUAUUACCUGUCCUCAGCACUGAAAAGGAAGAGUUGGGAUUCCCAAAGCCAUGAGAUUAAAAACAUUUUAUGCCCCCCAGAGGUUACAGAAGUGCGUGGAAAUUGAGAUGACCAGAAUCUGGAUGAGGGGACUUUGCAAAUUCUGUGUUUGGUGUCACUUCAGGUAAAUCUGAAGCAUCUAGGCCAGGGCUGAGUACAGAGGGGAAGUCAGUGGGGCUGCAACUGAAAAACUACAUCUGGAGAGUUCCUUGAAAACUGUUUUAUUCUGGCUAUUUUGCAUUCCAGGAAAUCAGGUUCUGUGUACCCUGGGGUCACCUGUCAUACCUAAAUCACUGUAACCCUGUGGUUCAUAAUGCUUUGGGUGUUUUUAUUGUAAAUGAAAUGUUGCAGCAGCCUCGGUGACACAGUUCCUUCUUCAGAAACAUGGGAAAUGGGAAUUUUAGGAAAGGCAGGAGCCUUUUUCUUGUUGGGCCAGAGGCUGUCACUGCAAAACUCCAUACAUGCUUUACAAGAAAUAAAAUUAUUUAAUCACUUGAGAUUUUUUUCCAAUGCCCCUUAGGAUUUAAGGGUUUAUAACAAAAAAUAUCCAACGCAGAGUGGGAAAGAAAAGCAGUUUCAUUCUGAGUGCUGUCUCCUUCCUUUCUGGUGGAUCUCCUUCUCAGGUGGGAGCUGCUGCAGCAAUGGCAAUUUUCCCACUUUUACUUGAAAAGACACAGACCACUCCUUUGUGGGGCACAUGAGGAUGGUUGUUUUCAGCAGGCACAGGAGAAUCCGUCUGAACCUUAUGGAAUUUUUGCAUCCUUUACCUUCAGUCACUUUCUUAAAAUCAUCCUUCUCUCCACUUUCAAAAAACAAAUUUGCAAUGAAAGCUCAAAAGCCCCACAGUACAAUUCCCUCUGAGCCCCAGCAAAUCAGGACCAUUUUAACUCUUAUUUACAGUGGGGUUUGGUGCUUGGAGUGUGACUGAGCACCAGGGGAGCCACCAAAAGAGAGGGGACUCCAUGAGCAUUUUGCACCUUGAGCUGCAAGGUGACACAGGGGGAUUAACUGU